AUGAGAAGAUGGAUUAAAAUAACAAGUAUCUAUAUCUGCAUAUUGAUAUUUUGUGGAAGGAAAAUUGUUGAUACAAAGAAGCAUGGAGAUGAAGAUACACAUAGUAGUUUCAAAGUAGUGACUGUAAAUGGUUCCGAUUACAGGGUGAAUGACACCAGUAAAUAUGAUUUUGUAGAACAUGAAUAUAUAGCAAAUUAUAAAUUCAAAAAUGAAGGUAAAUGUGUAGAAGUUAUGUACGGAGAUUCUCCAAUUUGGAGAAAUCCAAAUAAAAAUUUUGAUAUUUUUCCAAAAGGAAUAACCCUUAAUUUUUUUUCGAAAACUAUCUUAGUUGAUUACACCAACACGUGGUUGUGUUAUUACAAACAUAAAAAUAAAUAUGAAAUAGACUCCAAAAAUGAGUUAAAUCUGAUCAGCCCGUCCGAUAUAAAUAUUGUAACCUAUGACGCUUUUGGCUAUAAGGUAAAUGAUGAAACAAAAUAUGAUAAAAAGUGUAUUGGAUAUGUGUUGGGUUAUAACUUUAAAGAUGAAUCAAGAUGUGUAGAAGUUAGAUAUAACCAUAAUAUAAUUUGGAAGCACAAUGUUGAUGAAUGUGGAACCGAAUACCCAAAAUCUUUGUUCGUUAAUCUCUAUUCUAAAAUCAUUAUGAUAGAUUUGACUAAUGAUUGGUCAUAUUUUUCAAAAAUUAGAAUUGAUCCUAACUCUGGAAAAGAACCUGAAGAAUCAAACCAAAAUGACGAUACAUUAUCCAAUAUAACAAUAAUAACAAAAGGUGAAGAUAAUAGGUUGAAGGAAAAUUACAAAAAGUCUUACGAUAUCAUAAAAUACAAACACGUGUACGAGUUCAGAUUCAAAGAUAACAUAUGUUGCACUGAGGUGAAAUACAAAAAUAAAACUGUCUGGAAAUUCAACGAGAAUGAGUUUAAAAACAACUUUCCAAAAGUAAUAUACUUUAACGUGUAUGCGAAAAUGAUUUUGUUGGAUUUAAAUAACAACUGGAGAUAUUUUUAUAAAUACAAACAAGAACUAACAGGUUAUGACAAUCAGUUCACAUAUUCAUCAUCUGUUUCCGAUGAAUCCCCAAGUCCUGCAGAAUAUAAAACCCCUGAUCAGGCAAUACAAAACUACUUUAGUUACUACGUAAAUGGGAAAGAAACCAAACUAAUUACUCUUGACAUCGGCAAGUCUGAGAGUACUGAUGACUACGAUUAUUUUGUUGAUUUGGAAACAAACACUUCAGUAUAUAUUCCCAAAGAGGGUCGUUUGUUUUCCAUGGUUAAACGGAACGGUUCAUGGUAUUCGCAAAACACUCUUGAAUUAUGGUACCCAAAUUAUCACGACAAGAACAACGUUGUUUAUUCCAACAGAGUUCUGAUAUAUGGUUCAAAUAAAAAGGAGUUUAAUGUAGAAGUUUGCCUUAUUAACGGAAGUAAGGCUAAUUUCGAUGUGGAAUUUUUUCACGUAUUAAAAAAUAAAUCUAGAGUAGAAACAUUAACUAACUUACCUGUAUCUGAACAACCUAAAAAUAUAACAGUUUCAGUUGAAAAUGACAACAAAGGUUAUGUUGUUGAUGUGAACAAAUUACAUGAUAGUAAGCUUGAUAUUAAAGACAUGACAUCUUAUGAUUAUAGAUUUAGACAAGAUUCUAGAUGUACAGAAUUUAAAAUUGAUGAUCAGUUGGUAUGGAAGAAAGAUGACACUUCAGAAAACAUAUUUCCACGAUCAAUUUAUUAUCACAAAGAUUUGAAUUUAGUAUUUGUUGAAUUUAAUCUUCAAUCAUUCAACAUUUAUAAAAAAAUUAACAAUGAAUGGAAGUUGGUAUAUAAUAAUAAAAUGAAAGUAAUUGCACUCGACAUUAAUACCAAAAAAAGCACCUAUAUGUUUGACUAUUCAAAGUCAGUUAAGGUUGGAACAUAUGAAGCCAAAAACCAAUACAAGUUUAAAAUAGUUAAAAUCAACGAUAAUGUCAUAUGGCAUACCAAUGAUCCAGAUGAAUUCGCCGUCAAGGUCAUCAUGGAUCCAGUUGCUACACUUGAAUCUAUAAAGUAUGUCAACAUAUUCUUAUGUAAUGGUUCGACAAGAGAAUUUCACAAGAAUGGGAGAAAAUGGGAACUAAAUCUGGAAGAAGAAGAUCUUUCUGCUUCUUAUAAAUCUGUAGGAAGUGAAAGUAUAGGGAAAAUGGGAGAAAAACAAGACCCAUUUAAUCCAAAUGAGCGCCAAGAAUUAAAUGUGACUAGUACAAUGAAACAAGAAAAGCCCUUUCCUGAUUUUUUAAAAAAAUUAAAAAUAAUAACUGCGGAUGAUUUAGAAGGUACUAAUCUUAAAGAAAAUGAUACUGGAAAAUACCAGAUAGAAUUGAACAGACAUUCGUUAAACAUAAAAUUUGCUGUUAACUCAAACUGUAUUGAAAUAUUAUAUGGUAACGUAACAGUAUGGAAGUAUGGUUACCACAGUAAAAACACACCCAAAAACUUGUAUGUUGAUUUAAAUUCUAAAAUGAUUAUGAUAAAUUUGGGUGAUGAAAACUCAAUAUCCUAUAAAUACGAUAAUAAUCCUGGCAAAAAUCAACAAAAUAGCUUUAAUCCACCUAUAAAUCCAUCUUAUAAACCUGGAGAUAAGAAUACAAAACUAACCACUCUUGAUCUUAAAACCAUUCAAGGGACUGAUGAGUUCCAUUAUUUUGUUGAUUAUGAAACCAAUACUGGUAUAUAUAUUCCAAAAGAUGGUUAUUUGUUUUCCAAAGUUUGCAGAGGUGAAUCGUGUUCUUUAUCAGACAAUCUUUGGGAAUCCGACCAUUAUCCAUAUUGUAACAAAAUAUUAAUUAACCCUAUUAACCAAGAUAUGUUUAGUUUGGAAGUGUCACUUAUUAACGGAAGCAAGGUUAAUUUAGACAAAAAUUCAAUAUAUCCGACAAUAAAUUCAGAUCCUGAUUCAAAUAAAAAGUAUCUGCUUCAGUCGGAACAUCCUAGUGAUGUAACUGUUGUAACAAUUGAUGAUUCAGACCCUAGUAAACAUUCCAAUAAUGAUAUUAGCAAGUAUGUGGUUAAUAAAAAUAUAAUGAAUGGUUCCCAAGGCUCAACCAUAACAUCUUAUGAUUAUAGAUUUAGACAAGAUUCUAGAUGUACAGAAUUUAAAAUUGAUGAUCAGUUGGUAUGGAAGAAAGAUGACACUUCAGAAAACAUAUUUCCACGAUCAAUUUAUUAUCACAAAGAUUUGAAUUUAGUAUUUGUUGAAUUUAAUCUUCAAUCAUUCAACAUUUAUAAAAAAAUUAACAAUGAAUGGAAGUUGGUAUAUAAUACAUAA